CAGAAACUGGACCACGUGUGUCAUUCUAUGUUUUUAAAAGUCUGCGAAAAGAACUGAGCUAUUUCCUGCGCGUCCGCCUCUCCGCGAAGCGCUUAGAAACAGAUCACUUCCGGUGUCCUUCUCUCUUUGGAGGAGCGGCGUGCCAAGGUUGCCAUGGCUCAGAGCCUGAAGGACUUUGCUGGGCGCCUGCCUGCUGGCCCUCGUGGGAUGGGCACCGCCUUAAAACUGCUGUUGGGUGCUGGAGCUGCAGCCUAUGGUAUCCGUGAGUCUGUCUUCACCGUGGAGGGUGGCCAGAGAGCCAUUUUCUUCAACCGCAUUGGUGGAGUUCAGCAGGACACCAUUCUUUCAGAGGGGCUGCAUUUCAGAAUUCCCUGGUUCCAGUAUCCCAUAAUUUAUGACAUUCGAGCUCGGCCCCGCAAAAUCUCCUCACCAACAGGUUCCAAAGACCUGCAGAUGGUGAACAUUACCUUGCGUGUUCUGUCGCGACCCAAUGCUACCGAAUUGCCCAGCUUGUACCAGCGCCUUGGCCUGGACUAUGAAGAACGGGUCCUGCCUUCGAUUGUCAACGAAGUCCUCAAAAGCGUGGUGGCAAAGUUCAAUGCUUCGCAGCUCAUUACCCAGCGAGCUCAGGUGUCUCUGCUGAUCCGGAGGGAGCUGACGGAGCGAGCGAAAGAUUUUAGCCUGAUUCUGGAUGAUGUAGCCAUCACAGAGCUGAGCUUCAGUCGGGAGUACACAGCAGCAGUUGAGGCCAAACAAGUAGCCCAGCAAGAGGCCCAGCGAGCCCAGUUCCUGGUGGAGAAGGCCAAACAGGAGCAAAGGCAGAAGAUUGUUCAAGCAGAGGGAGAAGCCACCGCUGCCCAGAUGAUUGGCGAAGCCCUCAGCAAGAACCCAGGCUAUAUCAAGCUGCGCAAGAUCCGUGCUGCCCAGAACAUCUCCAAAACGAUCGCUUCCUCUCAAAACCGGGUGUACCUCACAGCUGACAACUUGGUGCUGAAUCUCCAGGAGGAAGGUUUUACUAGGUAAGGUGGCUUGUAGAAAUGUGACUAGCUCCCCCCACAGCUUUUGCUUUCCCCCUGUGGUGGGAGCUGUGAGCUUUGUCCCCCGCAACGGUGGCCUAGAGGGCACGAGAAUGUAGGUUUGUCUGUUGAAGCUGACGAUGAGCAGUGCCUGGGUAGGAUAUCCAUUGCGGGCGGCGGGCUGCCACAUCCUCCUCUUUGAGCUUCUUGAAGGGAAAACAGAAAGUAUACAUGUGAUGAAAUAAACAAUGCACCUUGCUUCUUGGGUAUAAUGUAGAUGUGCACGUAGCACACACACACACACCCGUACUGUUUUCCUCUGAGCAGAUGCUUACAUGUGCACAUAUACCCCACCCCACCCCUCACCUCACAAAGAGAUAGGACUGCCCUCCCAGAUCUUUCUAAACUUCCACAUUUCUUUUUUCUCUCCCCUGCCCUUUCCAUUGGCAUUUUGAUGCUGUUCUUCUGGAUGCAGAGGAAGGUAAGACACCAUAUAUGUAGCUACUGGGGAACAGGAAUAAUAUGUCAGUGGGAGACUGAUGGCGAUUGAGGACAUUGGUAGCAGGGAGGGAGGACUGGAGAAGGCGCCCAAUCACUUAGAUCUGACUUGCAUUGGAAGUGGUCUUGCCAAGAAGAAAACAGAGGAUUCAGAAGUCAACAGUCCAGCUUCACAGCUUCGUAGGGAAGCUUGUGGGCUGAACUAGAUGUGAGAUGGGAGCAGUAUGUCAUAAGCUUAAUACCAGGGUUGGCAACUUAGGGAGAGUUCCCCAGAAACCCUGAACUCAAAUAAUCCAUUUGAGUGUGGGCUUUUUUUCCUGUAUGCAUGUGCUUCUUGAAUUGUCGCAAAAAGUAUUUGCCUGGGUGAGAAAUGUUGGUUGAAAUCAGCCCUCUAUGGGUGGGUCUGUAAUCCUAUCAAGGGAUUUUGUAGCAGUAUACAUCCCCUUGUUUUCUUAUCACUGCUUAAAACUCGGGAUGUCGUCGGAUUAAAUAAAUCCUAGUUGGUUGAUUGUAUGAGUUUUGGUCCAUUAACUGUCUGAAUUUGCUUCUGAGUUAAACAAAAGUUCUGAAGCAAAAAACAUACUUUUUAGACAGUGAAUGUGUGGUGUAGCAGGUAUCUUAAGAGACAUUCCACACUCACUCACCCUGUAGAGUGACUUUUUAAAGAGGGUCUUUCUUUCUUUGAAGAUAUUCCUCCCACACAAAAAAAUCUGUGGUCCAAUUUAAUUGGGAAACCUUUUUAACCAAUCAAAAGAGUUAAAAUCUAAUCAGUAAUCAGUUUGAAUGAUCUAUUAAAUGUUGCAACCCUAAGAAAGAGGGUUUCUAGGAAGUGAAGAUGUUCUGGUUCCAUUCAUGGUCCCCAGACCCACAUUUUGUGCAUGUUCCUCACAAUCCUUUGAUGCCUCUUCCUUUGUUUCUCUUCCAGUGACAGCCUCCUGCCCAAACAGGGGAAGAAAUGAAAUAGCGACUUCUUCCUAGAACCAUCCAGAUGAUUGGCAAAAUGGGAGGAGCAGGCAGCCUUGGGAGCACCUUGCACAUCCUUUCUGCCUGUAAGGUUUUCCUUUUGCCCAGGCCUUCCUUUCAGUUGUCACCUUCACUUGUGUGAACUUCACAGCCCACCAUUAAGAAGCCUUUUAGAGCUAAUCUGGUUCUUCUUUUUGAGAACUGUCUGUAUUGAGAACCAGUUCUAGAAUCAGGCUUCAUGCUGAGAUGGAGGUUAGACUCUCUGCUGGAAACACUGUCUUGACCCCAUCCUGAAAGAUUAGGGAAGGGUGGGCAGCAGAAAGUUUGCAUAAUGCCAUCCUCUCAGUUGGACUGACUUUUUUUUUUUAAAUGCACAUCAAAUUGUUCUCUUCCUGCUGGGUCUGGGUGAGGCCUUAGUACAUAUGAUAGCCUGUCUCUUGCUUCCCCAUCUCCCCUGCGCCCAUUGAGCACCUCAUCUCAGGAAUAGAUGGGUUCGUGGGGCUUCUGCAAGUGCUGUGACCUUCAUUCAUAUAUGUUCUAUCGCCUUGUGAUUCACAACUUUAUAAAAAUAAAAUCAGGUCCAAAACUCUUCUGAGA